GUCACCAUGUGAGUAAUGCAGAAGUUAGGUGUAGAGUUUUAGGGAGAAGAGGUAAGUCAGUCGACGAGGUUGUGAACCUUCAUCGACUGAGAUGGUUGGGACACGUACUACGUAUGCCUAGUCACCGAUUGCCUCGUCACACAAUGUUGGCUGAGGUGGGUCCAGGCUGGAAAAAGGCCCGAGGUGGCCAGACUAAAACAUGGCACCAAUGUAUGAAGUCUCUGACUGUUGGUUUAAGCCAUGUAGGACGAUGCAGACUAGGUGGUUGGGGUCCACGGGACAAGAGGAACCAGUGGUUGGAGACCCUAGGUGAUAUGGCUCAGAACCGAAGUCAGUGGCGCAGAUGUAUACACACAUUAUCCUCAUCUUAACAACGCUAUACCGAAUCUCACUAUUUUGUCACUCCUCUUUCCUUUCUUCUCGUACUUUAUAUUUCUUUUGACUGCAUUCACUUAUCUUCAUCCUUCACCUCACUACCUUUUUACUUGAUGUGCUGAUAUGAGGUGUGGCAACUCGGACCGUUACGCAGUAAUGCCUGGUCCUAUGUUGAU